AAAAUAUGGUCAAAGUUGAGCUCAGAAACCAGAAAUUGAAACGUAAGAAAGAAGACGAAACUUCGUUUAGUCACCAAUUAGAAUCAUACGAUUUUCAAACCUUUCUCACCCAAAAAUUUAUACCCAGUAUUACUAAGCAAUCCUAUUAAAUAACCCAAAAUUUCUUUCCUUUCAAAUUUCUCAGAAAGAAAAUAGAGUGGGAAACGAAGCGAGAUGAACAGCCAUGGAAUAGUGGAGAAGGCUCUUAGCAGCUUGGGGAAAGGAUUCGAUUUAACAAUGAAUUUCCGACUCAAGUACUGCAAGGGAAAGGAACGGUUGAUUUUACUAGAUGAAACCGAGAAACGAGAGAUGUCCAUACCCGGAUUCGAUUCAAUCAAAGACGUCCCGAUCGAUAUCAAAUGCGAUAAAGGCGAUCGUACUCGUUACCAAUCCGAUAUUCUCGAUUUCAAUCAGAUGGUGGAGAUUUUCAACCAGAAAUGUAACAUCACUGGGAAAAUUCCGUCGGGGCGAUUCAAUUCGAUGUUUGGUUUUCAAAGCGGUUCAUGGGCGAAAGAUGCGGCGAAUACCAAAUGCUUGGGACUUGAUGGAUAUUAUAUCACGUUGUUCAAUCUUCAUAUUCAUCGUUCUCCUCUCCUCCUAUCUGAUGAAGUUCUCAACGAUGUUCCUUCUACUUGGGAUCCUUAUGCCCUAGCAAGAUUCAUUGAGAAAUACGGGACUCACGUCAUUUUGGGGUUAAGCAUUGGUGGCCACGAUGUGAUUUUGGUCAGGCAAGACAAAUCUUCCAAUCUGGAAUCCUCAUUGCUCAAACAUCUCUACGAUCUUGGUGACCAAGUCUUUACAGGCUACUGCAGUUUUACCCCAAAAACCAAAGAUCAAAAGCAAAAGGUACCAGAAGCAUUCAGCAUCUUUGAUCAACAACCUGUUACUUUCAAUGGCUACCUCUUCAUCAAUGCCAAAAAUGGAAUCACUGUUAUAUGUUCAAAGAAAGGAGGGGAUCCAGAAGCUAACAGCCAUUGUGAGUGGCUUCCAACAGUUGCAGGAAAGCCAGAUGCCAUUCAUUUUAGCUUCAUUCCAAUCACUUCUCUCCUAAAUGUUCCAGGCAAAGGUUUCCUGUCACAUGCCAUCAAUUUAUACCUUCGAUACAAGCCUCCUAUAGCCGAUCUGCCGUACUUUCUUGACUUCCAAGGACAAAAGAUUUGGGCUCCCAUUCACAAUGACCUCCCUUUAGGUCCUUCAACAAAUAGGGCUUCUUCUUCACCAGCUCUUCACUUCAACUUAAUGGGUCCUAAGCUUUAUGUAAAUACUUCUCAGGUCACAGUAGGGAUGAGACCAGUCACUGGAAUGCGCUUAUUUCUUGAAGGCAUGAAAUGCAAUAGGCUGGCUAUUCAUCUUCAACACCUAUCGACUCAACCGAAAUCGUUUGAACACAUGGAGGACAACACACAAUACUGGCAAGCAUCUGAAGAUACAUCCAACAACAUUCGAUUCUUCGAAGCCAUCCACCGCAAAAAGUUCUCUCACGUAUGCACGGCUCCGAUCAAAUAUAACCCACAAUGGAGCACCGACGGCAAAGAUGCUGCCUUCAUCGUCACCGGCGCUCAACUUCAAGUUAAAAAGCACGAUUCCAAGAGUGUUCUUCAUCUUAGACUGUUGUUUUCUAAGGUCUCUGAUUGUUUCGUAGUUCAAUCAAGAUGGGCACAUGCUGCCUCUGGGUAUUCACAGAGGUCGUCUGGUUUGCUUUCAGCUAUCAGUCAGUCCUUAACGGGAAACCCCGUUAAAGAAAAGGAGGUGGCGGCUGUUGUGGUGGAUUCCGCCGUGUACCCGACCGGACCGCCGGUGCCUGUUCAAACACCAAAGCUGUUGAAGUUUGUGGAAACUUCGCAGUUGUGCAAGGGACCUCAAGAUAGUCCGGGGUAUUGGUUGGUUACGGGUGCUAGGCUGCAAUUGGAGAAAGGAAAAAUAAGUCUACAUGUAAAGUUUUCUUUGGUUAAUAUUUGUUGAAGAAAAUAGAAUUAGUAACUGGCGAUUAAAUUUGAUACAGAAAUUUGUAUUUCAGUUUUAUUAUUUUUCAUUUAUA